AUGCUCGGUGGUCCCAUCCGCCGCAUGGCCGUUCCCAUCCAUGGCCGCGACGGGCGAGCCUGGUCCGUGCUUUCAGGCCGUCCCGUGGACGACAUAAGCGCCGUAGAGGAUGGAUGGACGCCGUGGUCCAGCUCCGAGAUCGACAGUUGGAUGCGGUGGUCGAGUGCAUCAACGCUGUGGUCUACUGAUCUGGCGACUAGCACUGAUCUGCUUCCUCUAUGUUGGGGAUUAAAGACGCCGGAGCUAGACCUUGGCGCUCUCCUCCCCGAGGACUUCCUCAACCGUACCAAGGGCACGAGCCUCUUCAUCAAGCCGUGGGCGCCGCAGCGCGACGUGCUGGCGCACGACGCCAUUAGUGGGUUCAUCACACACCGCGGAUGGAACUCCAUCUUAGAAUUGGUCAUGGCCAGCGUGCCCUUGCUGGCGUGGCCACUCUACGCGGAGCAGCGGAUCAACAAGGUGUUCCUAGAGAAGGAGUUGGGCCUGGCCGUGGCGGUGGAAGGGUACGACAAGGAUGUGGUCGAAGCCGACCAAGUGGCUUCCAACGUGAGAUGGAUUGUGGACUCUAAGGGCGGGAGACUCCUCCGAGAGCGGACGCUGGCGGCCAUGCGGCAGGUUAAGAAGGAGAUGCGCCAUGGCAGGGAAUCAGAUGUGACAUUGGCACGGCUGGUGGACAUGUAUUGUGGGUGGGCUUGUAUGAGCAGGUGA